AUGAAUCUCAUUGGGAGCUACCAGCACCAUCACCUGAUGCACGAGACUUUUCCGUUUGUGCAAAGGUGUCACCCCGAUACUCCCUACUUCCAGAGCUGGGUGGUGAAUCACGGAGAAGUCCCUCCGGACUUUCAGAUCCAGCCAUCUUACUCCUCGGAGUUUGGCGCCCCGGGCACCGCUCAUGACACCCAGCUUGAUGCGCUGUCUGGGCGAAUGGGGAAAAGAAGAACGUCGGGACCCAAGAAAGAGAGAAAACGGACCGAGAGUAUUAACACUGCUUUCGCUGAACUGAGAGAGUGCAUACCAAACGUGCCUGCGGACACCAAACUAUCUAAAAUUAAAACAUUAAGACUGGCCACGAGUUACAUUGCUUAUCUGAUGGACGUGCUAGCAAAGGACACUGGUGAAACGGAGGGGUUCAAGGCUGAAAUCAAGAAAUUUGACAAUAGAGAUUUAAAAAGGAAACGAGAAGUGAACGACGGCCUUCAAGAAUCAAUAGGAACUGAGAAAAAGUUCAAAGGAAGGACGGGUUGGCCUCAGCAGGUCUGGGCUCUGGAACUAAACCAGUGA